AUGAAUCCAGAGCUAUAUAGAGACAGGAUCAAAGAGAUACUAGCAGAAUCAGAUCCAACAGUAGUCACAGCUCGCCGUAUUCGCAAGCAGCUGGAAGAUGAACGACAUGUAGAUUUAACCCCCAUCAAGAAGCAAAUAGACCAACUCGUCGUUACGCUCUUUGACGAAUCUGAGAGUCCAGCUGUCGAUGCUGUUGCUUCUCCUCCUCCUCCAGUGAUCAAAAAGACUGCCAGCUCAAAGGCACCACCAUCAUCAUCUGGUUCUCGAGCAACACCACCACCUCAAAAAGUCACCCCCAAACCAAAACCAAAGUCAAGACAAGUCAAAUCAUCACAAGUAAUAGAUUCAGAUGACGACGGUGACCAUGACGACGACGACGGAAUAGUAGGGGACGACGACGAAAGUGGCAUGGAUUCUGAUGGAAUAGCAAACCAGGAAAAGCAAGAUGCAAAACUCGCUCGUCAACUUCAAGAGAUGGAUAAUCCACGUGGACGAACUCGUCGUGCUGCUGCUCCACUUCCUAAACGCAAAGCUUCUGCAAAGAAGAAGAAUGGUGACAAGGCAAGUAAUGCUGGUAUCAGGAAGAGGGGUGGUGGAUUUACGGCUCCUGUGCUAUUAUCGCCUGCACUCAGUGAAUUUCUAGGAGGUGUUACUCUUAUGGCGAGAACUCAAGUUACCAAAGAAGUAUGGAAGUAUAUAAAGGAGCACGAGUUGCAGGAUCCAAAGAGCAAGAUUACUGUUGUGCCUGAUGAAGCGUUGAAAAAGGUUUUGGGUACUUCUCGCAUACAUGGUUUCAAAAUGACCAAGAUCUUGUCAUCACACAUGUCCAAGCCUGAUGAAGUCUCUGCAAACAAAUACAAGGAAGAGCAUGCCCAUGAUCUUAUCGAAGACGAUGAUACAUCUUCUGUUAAUAGUAACGAAGACAUUGAUGAUCUUGAUGAUACUCCCGUCAAGGCCAAAAAGUCUCCCAAGUCAGCAAAGAAGAAGAAGGUCGGUGGAGGUACUGGUGGAGGAUUCAAUAAGCCAUACCAAUUGUCAGAGGCAUUAUCAGCUCUUUGUAAAGGUGCUCGAGUCUUGUCACGUCCCAAAGUUGUAAAGUAUAUAUGGAAGUAUAUCAAGGGAAACAAUCUACAAGAUCCAAAAGACAAGAGGAACAUUAUAUGUGAUGAGAAUCUCGCUGCCGUUAUGGGGCACAAGAAAGUUACUGCUUUUUCAAUGAACAAGUACAUUGGCAAUCACUUGUCUGAUGCUGAUGGUGCGGAAGCAGAUAUCAUUGAAUCGGACGAUGAUGACGAAAAAGAAGAAGUAGUGGAAGAAGAGGGGGUGGAGGAGGAGGAAGAAGUAAACGAAGACACUGAGAUGGCUCCAAAGGGUCAAUCCUCACCAACCUUGUUCGAUGCUUCAGCUGGAGACCAAGAAGAAGUGUUCUCCGGAUCCAUGAUGGAUGAGGGAGAAGACAACGAGUAG